CGAUGGUGGUCUUUUUCUUUCCUCGCCCGCUCUCCUUUGCACUGAGGGAGGAAGGAGGAGAGGAGAGCGGGCGGAACCCUCUGUGCGAUUUCUCUCUCCCCGGCGCAAAUAGGAAGGGAUUAGUAGAACCCUAAUCGAUCGGCUAAUUGUUCCAUCGUGAAGUCGGUCCGGGGAAGCGAUCGCGCCGCUUUCGGUGAGGAGAUCAUUCAAGGCGAAAUCAAGGGGCCGUUUCAGAACCGUCUUGGAAAUUUGUACUGCUCGGCACUCUGGGAGGAAGAUAGCUUCUUGAUGGAUUCUACGGUGCUGGAUGGCAUCAUUUCGCGGCUGCUGGAAGUGAAGGGGGGACGGCCGGGGAAGCAGGUGCAGCUCCUGGAGGCGGAGAUCCGGCAGCUGUGUGUCGUGUCGAAGGAAAUCUUUCUGCAGCAGCCCAACCUCCUGGAGCUGGAGGCGCCCAUCAAGAUUUGCGGUGAUAUUCAUGGUCAAUAUUCUGACCUGUUGAGGCUUUUUGAAUAUGGUGGAUUGCCACCCCAGGCCAAUUACUUGUUCUUAGGGGAUUAUGUGGACAGAGGGAAACAAAGCCUUGAAACCAUAUGCCUUCUUUUAGCCUACAAGAUUAAGUAUCCAGAGAACUUCUUUCUUUUGAGGGGCAAUCAUGAGUGUGCAUCUAUAAAUCGUAUUUAUGGGUUCUAUGAUGAAUGUAAGCGCAGAUUCAAUGUGAGACUCUGGAAGGUGUUCACUGAUUGUUUUAACUGCCUGCCUGUGGCAGCUCUUAUUGAUGAAAAGAUCCUAUGCAUGCAUGGAGGUCUUUCACCAGACUUGCAUAAUUUGGACCAAAUACGAAACUUAGCACGACCUACUGAUGUGCCAGACAGUGGAUUGCUCUGUGAUCUUUUGUGGUCAGAUCCUAGUAAAGAAAUUCAAGGAUGGGGAAUGAAUGAUAGGGGAGUUUCAUAUACUUUUGGCCCUGAUAGGGUCAGCGAUUUUCUUCAGAAGCAGGAUCUGGACCUUAUUUGUCGUGCUCACCAGGUGGUGGAGGAUGGAUAUGAAUUCUUCGCUGACAGGCAACUUGUAACAAUAUUCUCGGCUCCAAAUUAUUGUGGUGAAUUUGACAAUGCAGGUGCUAUGAUGAGCGUCGAUGAGACCUUAAUGUGUUCAUUCCAAAUUCUGAAGCCUGCAGCUUCAGAAAAGAAAAAAAUUGGGUUUGGUGGUACAGCUGCAUCUAGAACUGGAACCCCUGCUUGGCAGUAGUACAACAUCCAAAACUCAUGUCCAGGAGUCAAGAUUGGAAAGAAUCUAAAGGGCAAGUAUGAAGCACCAUUCAGUUUAUUAUUGUGUGUCAACUCUAAGAGCUUCCUUUGUGCCAGCAGUGUUUUCUUGGUUCAAGAGUGUGAUUACAAGCAAUCUUAGAGUGUCUGCCAUGGUGUACUGUCCACUGAUGGCUUGUUCGAAAAGGUACCAAGCAACAUCGAGGUACUUUUAUCCUAUCAGAUUUUUUGCUUGGUACAUGUUCUGAUGUAACCAUGUGAAUUGUGGAUUUCGUUGAUCUGCAUAAAAUUUGGAGUUUGUGAUGUAGAAGAAUGUUUAUUCUCUUCUUAAGAUUAAAUGUAUCAUUGAUUGUUCUAAUUUCCCCAA